AUGGCCGAUGGUCUAAAACGAACCCCGUCCGACGAGGCCAGCAGCCUUGCCGAGUACCCUCGAAGCUGCGCCGAAGCUGCAAUCCCCCCUACCAAGACCUCUGUCGUCCAGCGCGUUCGCAAUGCCGCCAAUUCGGUCUAUCAGAAGGCUGUCGUCGAGCCUAUUUUGCAGCGAGGCCAGCUGGCCGCCUCAAAGGAUGGCAGGAAGAUACCCUUGCGACUCGACAAUGACGAGCCCUUGAUCGAUACCCGGCGCGGGCAGGCGUACAUCUCCAACAGCAUUCGCACUUCCCGCUAUACACUGUGGAAUUUCGUUCCCAAGCAGCUCUUCUUCCAGUUUACCCGUGUCGGCAACUUCUAUUUCCUAUGUGUUGGAAUUCCUCAAAUGAUUCCUGGCCUCUCAACGACCGGUUCCUAUACGACGAUUCUUCCCCUUCUCUUCUUCGUGUGCUUGACCAUGUUUAAGGAAGGCUACGACGACUAUCGAAGACACCGGCUGGACAAGGUUGAAAACGCAAACUUUGCAACGGUACUCGGCAAGGAGGACAAGUACACUGGAAAGACUAGGCCAGACCACUUUUUGGAUCGAUUUAACCCUUUCCAUACGAAAACGACCAUUGAGCCUCCAGCUGUUCCCGCUGAAGAGUUUCAAGAUGUCCGAUGGGUACCGACGAGAUGGGCCGAUAUCAAAGUUGGAGACGUCAUCCGACUUUCGCGCGACGAACCUGUGCCUGCCGAUAUUGCGCUUCUCUACAGCGAUGGCGAAAACAAUUUGGCCUAUGUUGAUACUAUGGCGCUUGAUGGCGAGACGAACCUCAAGAGCAAACAAGUCUGCCAUGCUCUCGAAGGAUGUGACACCAUUGAAGGCAUUGCCAAGUGUGCCGCCGAGUUCGUCGCCGAGGACCCAAACCCGGAUCUGUUCAACUUCAACGGAAAAGUAACCGUCAACGAAAAAGCGGUACCCUUAACUCUCAGCGAAAUAGUGUAUCGUGGCAGCGUUCUUCGAAACACAACCUGUGCCAUCGGAAUUGUGCUCAACACUGGAGAGGAGUGUAAGCUACGCAUGAACUCAAACAGGCACCCAAAGGCGAAGAAGCCUGCUCUGGAGAGGGUAGUGAACCGAAUUGUCAUCACACUCGCAUUUUACGUCGUCAUUCUUUCUGUUGGAGUAUCAAUGGGCUAUAUUCGCUGGCAAAAGAGCACCGAGCGACAUUCCUGGUACUUGAAGGAUGCUAGCGUCCCUUUCCACGAGAUUAUCAUUGCGUUUAUUAUCAUGUUCAACAACGUUAUUCCUCUAUCUCUUUAUGUAAGUCUGGAAAUCGUCAAGAUUGGACAAUUGCUUCUUUUGAAUUCGGAUAUCGACAUGUAUGAUGAGGAAUCGGAUACACCAGCACGAUGCAACACAAACACUAUCCUCGAAAAUCUUGGUCAGGUCGGAUACAUCUUCUCGGACAAAACAGGCACGCUCACAGACAACGUCAUGAAGUUUCGCAAAAUCAGCGUUGCCGGUACCGUUUGGCUUCAUGAGAUGGAUUUGGAACCGCAACCACAGACGGAUGGAUCUGAUAGUGCUUCGUCAAUUGUUAAAGAGGUUGAAUUCCCAAGCAGGGCCCCUUCAGUCUAUCGAAGGGACCGUCUCUCUGUUGUAAUCCACGAGGACGGCCCUGAGGCUAUGGACACACCAAUGUCUCCAAGACCGUCAAUGGGAGGAAGACGAUCUUCAUCUCAGUGGCGAUCAACGGGCCGCCCUGACCAUAUCCAGCCUGAUGUCAACACCUCAGACUUGCUUGAAUACAUGAAAUCGCGGCCGCAUUCAGCUUUUACCAGGAAAACAAAGGAGUAUCUGCUUGCCAUGGCGCUAUGCCACUCAUGUUUGCCGGAGAAUAAAGAUGGAAAGAUGGACUUUCAGGCCUCCUCCCCGGAUGAACUCGCCUUGGUGAGGGCUGCACAGGAAAUGGGAUAUUUUGUGGUUCAACGAAAUUCGAAGCAAAUAACGCUUCAAGUGACUCAGACCGAUGGGACUGUUGAGCGCUUGAAGUAUGACAUUCUGGACAUUAUCGAAUUUAGCAGUGCCCGGAAGAGGAUGUCCAUUGUCGUCCGAUAUCCCGAUGGCCGCAUCUCAGUAAUUUGCAAAGGCGCCGACUCGGCCAUCUUGCCUCGCCUGAGGCUGUCCUCGCUUGCCAUGCAAAAGGCAACCGAGGUUCGCCAGAGCGCUGAUCUUGAACAUGAAAGAUUCCGUCGCAGCGAGCAGCUCGAACCCCGAAACAGCUUUGGUGGAAGACCCAGUCUGAGUGUUCGCCGCAAUCCUGCCAUUACUAGGGAUCGAAGCGUAAACCGGCCGUCAAUGAACCGAAGCAGGUCUUUCGAGCUCAAUAAGCUGACUCGUCGGUCCGAGGAUCGCCCACGCCCAUCCAUCAAUGUCAAUACACGUGGAGCAUCAUUUGAUAUCGCAAAUCGCCAUCUUCUCAGCCCCAUGUCGCCUCAUGCACCGCCGCCACUGGAUCCUCGCCUCGCCUUUUUGGAAGAUUCCGGGAUUUUUGACGAAUCCGAAGUGUUUACUAAGUGUUUCAAGCACCUUGAUGAUUUCGCAACUGAGGGUCUUCGAACUCUUCUCUUCGCCCAGAAAUUCGUAUCAGAACAAGAGUACAGGUCUUGGAAGAAGCUUUACGACGACGCCACUACCAGUCUUACCAAUCGGCAGGAGAAAAUCGAAGCUGCAGGCGAGAUGAUUGAACAAGCAUUUGAGCUCGUUGGUGGCAGUGCGAUCGAGGACAAGCUGCAAAAGGGCGUGCCAGAAACCAUUGACAGGCUGAGACGGGCCAACAUCAAGAUCUGGAUGUUGACAGGAGACAAGCGAGAAACGGCCAUCAAUAUUGCCCAUUCCGCCCGUAUUUGCCGCCCCGGUUCCGAUCUGUACAUCCUGGAUGUCGCAAAGGGAUCUCUCGAGACGCAGCUCUCAGCCAUGGCUGAAGAUUUACACGCCGGUUCAGUCCACAGUGUUGUCGUCAUAGAUGGUCAAACCUUGGCGGUUGUUGAAAAAUCGGAAGCCCUGUCGAUGCAGUUCUUUGCCAUUAUGCUUCUCGUGGAUUCCGUCAUUUGCUGCCGCGCAUCCCCAGCCCAAAAGGCGCUUCUGGUUCAAACUGUCCGAGGCAAACUCAAGUCGUACAGGGGCAAGAAUCGUCGGGGUCUGACUCUGGCAAUUGGAGACGGCGCAAACGAUCUGGCCAUGAUCCAGGCCAGUCACGUCGGCAUUGGCAUUUCAGGAAAGGAGGGACUUCAGGCCGCCCGAGUGGCAGAUUACGCCAUUGCACAGUUUCGUUUCUUGCAGCGGCUGCUCCUCGUCCACGGAAGAUGGAACUACGUCCGUACUGCCAAGUUUAUCGUCUGCACGUUUUGGAAAGAAAUGUUCUUUUACCUCCCUGCGGCGCAAUAUCAGCGAUACAAUGGCUAUACUGGUACUUCGCUCUACCAGUCAGCCAGUUUGACCGUCUUCAAUACGCUGUUUACCAGCUUGUGCACCAUUUGCAUGGGUAUUUGGGAACAGGAUCUCAGCGCAGAAACCCUGCUGGCUAUACCUGAGCUCUACAUCUACGGCCAGCGCAACAUGGGUCUCAACUUUUGGAAGUACAUGCGAUGGAUGGUGCUCGCUGCCAUUGAGGGUGUGAUUACUUGGAACGGCAUCUGGGCUGGCUAUGGAUGGGUGUCGCCCGCUCCCAAAGAUGAAAACUUGUAUGCCAUUGGAUCUUUGGUGUUUACACUCUGGGGCGCCGACGCCGUGUGGUGGUCCACCGUCUUCAUCGUGCUCGCCUUCAUGGGCAUGAUUGAACUGCUUUUCAAGGCCGCCAAGCGCGGCAUGCUGGUCGCCGGCCUGUGGCACUGGCCUCCAUGGCAGAAGAAGCGGCUCGGCGGCAAUGCCGAGGAGUGGGACCUUGAGCUGUGGCAGGAAAUGGAGCAGGAUCCUACCGUGAAGAGGAAGCUUGCGAAGAUGGCAAGGGAUCGCGAUGAUCUAGAUGCAGGCGAAGAGGAGGAGGAGGAGGAGGAGGACAUUUUUGACCAAAUCGAGAUUGACAUCUCCAGGAGACAGUGA